AUGACCAUGCUGCUGGUGUUCUUGUUGCUGAUGCUGGUCUGCUGUUCUGCUGCACCAACGGGCAGAGAAGUGACCCGGCUUCCCCAGAGCGCCCUGCAAGACCCAGCCUGUGAUCCCUUGAUGUAUAUCUACGCUAAACAGAGGACUGGCAAGGGCUUCCCUGGCAGUCUAAUUAAACCCCGAGCCAGGCUGACCGUUGUUAGCGGCUCUCUGUUGUCAUCCCUGUCAGAGAGGGGCACAGUGGUGUUAGAGGCUGCCCUGGCUGGUGCCCUCUCAGCUGUUGAUGUCGCCAUGUCGGAGAGCAGCCGGGUGGAACUGGAGUGUGAGGGCUGUUCACCCUGCUUGUAUCAGGACUGUGGAAAGCGAAGCGGGCCCUGCGCUGCCCCAGCAGUCCCGCCUGCGGAGCCAAGCUGUGAGGAGAUUGGGCGAGCACAGGGCCAAUCAGACGAGAGGGAGAGGAACUGGGCUCUGAGUCAGACAUGUCGCUUCUACCGGCAGCGCUGCCCAGCCGAGGAAAAGAGCUGUCUGAGAGUAAUGAGGGCGAGCUGCAGGGCACGCGUCCUGCAGUGCAGUUUAAUGAACACCAUAGAGAAUUUGGAUCCUGUUUUCUCUACUAAAACCCAAGGAGUGUGUGGCCGGCAGGCGGUGGUCUCCAAUGUCACGCAGCCUCGCUUCCGUAUUGUGGGGGGGUCUCCGGCGGCCCUGGGGGGGUGGCCCUGGUUGGUGUCGCUGCGGCUGGACGGAGGGAUGAUGUGCGCGGGGGUGCUGGUGGGCAGCUCCUGGGUGCUGACUGCAGCUCACUGCUUUACAGGGAGUCGCAAUGAGAACUUGUGGCGCGUGGUGGUAGGAGAGUACGAUCUCACCCAGACUGACCCCGAGGAGCAGGUCCUGCAGGUGAAUCGCAUCCUCACGCACCCCAAGUUUAACCAGAAGAGCUUCAACAAUGACAUUGCGCUGGUGGAGCUGACCUCUGCAGUGCCUGUGUCCCGUCACGUGACCCCUGUGUGCCUCCCGUCAGCAGGAGGGGAGCCUGCUAUUGGCACAGCCUGCUACGUGGCCGGCUGGGGCUCUCUGUAUGAAGCAGAUGGCCCCUCUGCAGAUGUGGUGAUGGAAGCCAAGAUGCCAGUCCUGUCUCAGGGCACCUGUAAGAGCGCGCUGGGGAAGGAGCUUCUCACCAGCACCAUGUUCUGUGCAGGGUACCUCUCUGGGGGCAUUGACUCCUGCCAGGGUGAUUCGGGGGGCCCUCUGACAUGCCAGGACCCCCAGACAGGCCUCUUCCAGCUCUACGGGAUCACGUCAUGGGGGGACGGCUGCGGGGAGCGAGGGAAGCCUGGCGUGUACACUCGUUUCACGGCCUUCUCAGACUGGGUCAGCGCAGAGAUACAAAAGUCCUCUGGGAGCCGGGAGCCUACCUGUCCUGAGCUGUUGAAGGCAGAGCAGAAGGGGUUAGAGUUCAGCCGCCUGUGCCAGUUCUACGAGAGCUCCUGCUCGUCCUCUCUGGGGGACACUGCCUGCACCCGCCUGGCCGAGGAGAAGUGCCACAGCCAGCAGAAGAAGUGCCAGCUGCGUUCGUUCCUGCAGAUCCUGCUGGACCUGCUGCGUCAGGCGGAGGAUUUCAUCAGAGACAAGGUGGACCUGACCUUCUUCACACAGACCCUGCCGCAGUUCAUGGAGCAGAUCUACACUAGCACCUUCACUAGACGAGAGCGUAGGGAUGCUCCCUCACAAACAGAGCAGGUCCAGGAGACUGCGUUGCCCCAGCACACUACCCCCCACCCCCCUGCCCUGUUCGAUGGGGUGGGGCCACGCAUGGAGGACUGGGUGGAGUACCUCAGAGGGAUGGCAGAGGACUUGGAUAAAGACCCCAGCUCCGGAGACGCUAAGACACUGGGGCUGGAGGAGCAGCUGUUUCUUCAGGAGGAUGCCUCAGUACUGCAGAGCCUGCAAGGAGACUACCGCUCUCUAAUAAACACAUUGCGAGUGCAGCUCGGCUCCAGCAACACUAUGGAUCGAUUCAACCUGGAGGAAUCCACAGCAUUCACUGUGUCACACAGACUUCCUGCAGCCUCCUCCGCACCCAGUCCAGCCACCCAGUCUGCAGGGCCUUCCUCUGACCUCAGAGGGGAGAAUUGGAGGAAACGCUGGGCCAGGCGCAGGAGGGAAGCGCUGGGGGCAAAAGGCAAGGGUUGCCCCGGGCUGAGAGAGGCUGCCCUCCGCGUCAGUCUGCUGAGAGAAAUGCACUGCUGGAUCCUCGAAAUCCCCCCCCACAGCCUCUCCAUGUCCUUCCAGGAGGUCCUGGUAGACAUGGCCUCGAAGAAUCAGAAGGGUCUGUAUGAGGCACGGGUUCAUGCCACCGUGGGGGGGCACCCGGUCACCUUCUACAGCCUGGUGGGGCUGGAGAGCAACACUUUCUACCGCAGCAUGCCGAGGGUCCUCGCACUGGCACUGGAUGCUACCAAGAUGCAAGGCAGGAGCAGUAGAGCAGCAGAGCAGCAGUGUGAGCUGGAGAAACUGCAAGGCAGGAGCAGUAGAGCAGCAGAGCAGCAGAAUGAGCUGGAGAAACUGCAAGGCAGGAGCAGUAGAGCAGCAGAGCAGCAGAAUGAGCUGGAGAAACUGCAAGGCAGGAGCAGUAGAGAAGCAGAGCGAGCUGGAGAAACUACAAGGCAGGAGCAGUAGAGCAGCAGAGCGAGCUGGAGAAACCGCAAGACAGGAGCAGCAGAGUGAGCUGGAGAAACUGCAAGGCAGGAGCAGUAGAGCAGCAGAGCGAGCUGGAGAAACCGCAAGGCAGGAGCAGUAGAGCAGCAGAGCAGCAGAGCGAGCUGGAGAAACUGCAAGCCAGGAGUAGCAGAGUUCACCGGAGAAACCGUAAGGCAGGAGCUAGCCAGUCACUAACCACACAAUAUUGCAUAUUUAAUAUUUAAUACAGAACCCUGCAAGAACAAUGUGUCACUAGGGGAAUCGGAAGAGUUCUCCUAUCAGACCCAUGUGUCACUGGAGGAAUCAGAAGAGUUCUCCUAGGGUGCGAUCCAAACUAGUCAAUUCUGUGAGCUACAUUGUGAAGGAAGUCAUGCUGACACAAACACACACACACAC